AUCCCAAAAUCAAAUUCUUCGGAAGAUAAACAAUAAAAUCGAUUAGAAAUGAAGCAUGCCUGGAUGAUAUACCCCCUGUUGCUGAUUCUCCUGCAUUCCCGCUGCACCCGGGCGACAUCUGGCGGCAGUCCCGGCAGCGCCAGUUCCAGUUCCCCGCCCGAGAUGCCCGCCUUCCGGCAGUGCGAGACCAUCCGCAUCGAGAUGUGCCGCAAGAUCGGCUACAACGAGACCUCCAUGCCGAAUCUGGUGGGCCACGAGAUGCAGACGGACGUGGAGUACACGCUGCAGACCUUCGCCCCGCUGAUCGAGUACGACUGCAGCUCGCAGCUGAAGCUCUUCCUGUGCGCCGCCUACGUGCCCAUGUGCACGCCCAAGGCGCCGGUCCAUGCGAUCGGUCCCUGCCGCAGUCUCUGCGAGUCGGUGCGGAUCCGCUGCCACCCGGUCCUCCAGGGAUUCGGCUUCCCCUGGCCGCCGGCGCUCGACUGCGAGCGGUUUCCGCGGGAGAACAACCACGAGACCAUGUGCAUGGAGGGUCCAGGCGAGGUGCAUCAGCCGCAGCAGGAUCAGGAUCCCUACGGGCUCCCAGGACAGCCGCUGGGCGGCGGACUACCGGGUGGAAAACUGCCGCUCGAUUGCUCGGGCCUGGCCAAAUCGCAUCUGUACGUGCGACUACCGCGAUCCGGACGCUGUGCUCCGCUCUGCGAGGCGGACAUCCUGUUCACGCCGGCCGAGAAGCACCUGGCCGAGAUCUGGGUCUCCACCUGGGCCUACGCCGCCUGCGGCCUGGCCCUGGUGGCCACCGGCUGCCUGCUGGCCAGCGAUGGCAGCCGCCUGGCCAGCGCCAAGUGGUCGCGGCUGCUCUCGCCGCUCGUCUGGUGCCACAACAUGGUCACCCUCGGCUGGGCCGUGCGCUUCGUGGUGGGCCGGACGGGCACUGCCUGCGGCACCGAUCCCCAGGCACCCAGCGAAUCGCUGCUCAGCGUGGACGGACUGUCCAACGCCUCCUGCGCCAGCGUCUUCCUCAUGCGAUACUACUUCGGGAUGGCUGCCUGCGCCUGGUGGGCUGUGCUCUGUUUGGGCUGGCACCGCGACAUCCGGCGGCACAGUCCCGACUCCAAGGGCCACGUGGCCAUUCCCGCCAACUUCGGAGGCAGUCCGUCAAAGAGGAGCGGCGUAAAGAGCGCCCAGCAGGAUCUGAGCCAGAACAACUUUGUGUGCUUCGUGGCCUGGGGAUUGCCGGCCUUCCAGACGGCGGCCGUCAUCGUGGCCCGUUUCGUGGACGCAGACGAGUUGCUGGGCGCCUGCUUCGUGGGCAACCAGUCGGACAAGGCCCUCCAGAUACUGGUGGCCACGCCGGUCUUUUGCUACUGGAUCUUCGGCUCCAUGAACCUGAUCUCCGGCUACCUGGUGCACUGUCGCACCAAGGAGAUCCUGCGUAGCAGCAAUACGCUGAGCCUGCAGCAGCAGCUGCAGCAGCUGAGUGCCCACAGCAGCUCCGGCAUCGGCGUGUUCCUCUUCAUCUACGGCCUCUCCUGCGCCCUGCUCCUGCUGGCGGUCAUCUACGAGUUCGCCAACAUCGAUGUCUGGCUGGGAUCGGGCGACACGGACACCCCGCUGUGGCCCUUCCUGCUGCGCGCCUUCAUGGAGCUGAUGCUGGGCAUUUGCUGCUUUGCCUGGGUCCUCGGACCGAGCAUUUCCACGCUCUACAAGCGGCAGGUCAAGAUGGUGAAGCAGCCGACCGCAGCCGCAGGAGGAGCAGGAGGAGCUGGAGGAGCUGACGGACACAGCAGCUCGCGGGGAUCGCAUGCGGCCUGCAACAGCACGGUCGUUUCCUAUCAUUCGGUGCGGCCCUCGAUGGCCAGUGCUCCGCUGCCGCAGAGUCCCUACAAGCUGAAGGCUGCCGGCUCCAUAUCGCUGCAUCAGAUGUCCAACUAUUCGCUGGGCAGGAGCAUGCAGCAUCAGCAGCAGCAGCGCAGUAGCCAUUCGCCGCAUCAUCAUCAUCAGCAGCAGCUGCAGCAGCACCAUCACCACCACCAUCACUCCUCCUCCUCGCAUCGCCUGUACUAUCCACCGGGUAGCUACGCCUCGCAGAAGUACAGCUACUAUCCGCACCUGCAGCACUACGGCGAUGAGACGCUGCUCUAGGGGGGAUCCUCAUCCCCAUUUAAACCUUCCAAACCAGUCAAUGUUCCUGCGGCAGCUGCUGUGCGCCAAAGUCAGUCCUUAGGUUUAGGG